AUGCCACCCUGGCCCGCGUCAGGGGGGGUGGUGUCCCUCGUGCUCUCUACUGUCCCUCGUGCUCUCUUCUGUCCCUCGUGCUCUCUCCUGUCCCUCGUGCUCUCUACUGUCCCUCGUGCUCUCUACUGUCCCUCGUGCAAUCUACUGUCCCUCGUGCUCUCUACUGUCCCUCGUGCUCUCUACUGUCCCUCGUGCUCUCUACUGUCCCUUGUGCUCUCUACUGUCCCUCGUGCUCUCUACUGUCCCUCGUGCUCUCUACUGUCCCUCGUGCUCUCUCCUGUCCCUCGUGCUCUCUCCUGUCCCUCGUGCUCUCUACUGUCCCUCGUGCUCUCUCCUGUCCCUUGUGCUCUCUCCUGUCCCUCGUGCUCUCUACUGUCCCUUGUGCUCUCUACUGUCCCUUGUGCUCUCUCCUGUCCCUCGUGCUCUCUCCUGUCCCUCGUGCUCUCUCCUGUCCCUCGUGCUCUCUCCUGUCCCUCGUGCUCUCUCCUGUCCCUCGUGCUCUCUCCUGUCCCUCGUGCUCUCUCCUGUCCCUCGUGCUCUCUACUGUCCCUCGUGCUCUCUCCUGUCCCUCGUGCUCUCUACUGUCCCUCGUGCUCUCUCCUGUCCCUCGUGCUCUCUCCUGUCCCUCGUGCUCUCUCCUGUCCCUCGUGCUCUCUACUGUCCCUCGUGCUCUCUACUGUCCCUCGUGCUCUCUACUGUCCCUCGUGCUCUCUACUGUCCCUCGUGCUCUCUCCUGUCCCUCGUGCUCUCUCCUGUCCCUCGUGCUCUCUCCUGUCCCUCGUGCUCUCUACUGUCCCUCGUGCUCUCUACUGUCCCUCGUGCUCUCUACUGUCCCUCGUGCUCUCUCCUGUCCCUCAUGCUCUCUCCUGUCCCUCGUGCUCUCUCCUGUCCCUCGUGCUCUCUCCUGUCCCUCGUGCUCUCUCCUGUCCCUCGUGCUCUCUACUGUCCCUCGUGCUCUCUACUGUCCCUCGUGCUCUCUUCUGUCCCUCGUGCUCUCUCCUGUCCCUCGUGCUCUCUACUGUCCCUCGUGCUCUCUACUGUCCCUCGUGCAAUCUACUGUCCCUCGUGCUCUCUACUGUCCCUCGUGCUCUCUACUGUCCCUCGUGCUCUCUACUGUCCCUUGUGCUCUCUACUGUCCCUCGUGCUCUCUACUGUCCCUCGUGCUCUCUACUGUCCCUCGUGCUCUCUCCUGUCCCUCGUGCUCUCUCCUGUCCCUCGUGCUCUCUACUGUCCCUCGUGCUCUCUCCUGUCCCUUGUGCUCUCUCCUGUCCCUCGUGCUCUCUACUGUCCCUUGUGCUCUCUACUGUCCCUUGUGCUCUCUCCUGUCCCUCGUGCUCUCUCCUGUCCCUCGUGCUCUCUCCUGUCCCUCGUGCUCUCUCCUGUCCCUCGUGCUCUCUCCUGUCCCUCGUGCUCUCUACUGUCCCUCGUGCUCUCUCCUGUCCCUCGUGCUCUCUACUGUCCCUCGUGCUCUCUACUGUCCCUCGUGCUCUCUUCUGUCCCUCGUGCUCUCUCCUGUCCCUCGUGCUCUCUACUGUCCCUCGUGCUCUCUCCUGUCCCUCGUGCUCUCUACUGUCCCUCGUGCUCUCUCCUGUCCCUCGUGCUCUCUACUGUCCCUCGUGCUCUCUACUGUCCCUCGCGCUCUCUACUGUCCCUCGUGCUCUCUCCUGUCCCUCGCGCUCUCUACUGACCCUCGUGCUCUCUACUGUCCCUCGUGCUCUCUACUGUCCCUCGUGCAAUCUACUGUCCCUCGUGCUCUCUACUGUCCCUCGUGCUCUCUACUGUCCCUCGUGCUCUCUACUGUCCCUCGUGCUCUCUACUGACCCUCGUGCUCUCUACUGUCCCUCGUGCUCUCUACUGUCCCUCGUGCAAUCUACUGUCCCUCGUGCUCUCUACUGUCCCUCGUGCUCUCUACUGUCCCUCGUGCUCUCUACUGUCCCUCGUGCUCUCUACUGUCCCUCGUGCUCUCUCCUGUCCCUCAUGCUCUCUCCUGUCCCUCGUGCUCUCUCCUGUCCCUCGUGCUCUCUCCUGUCCCUCGUGCUCUCUCCUGUCCCUCGUGCUCUCUACUGUCCCUCGUGCUCUCUACUGUCCCUCGUGCUCUCUUCUGUCCCUCGUGCUCUCUCCUGUCCCUCGUGCUCUCUACUGUCCCUCGUGCUCUCUACUGUCCCUCGUGCAAUCUACUGUCCCUCGUGCUCUCUACUGUCCCUCGUGCUCUCUACUGUCCCUCGUGCUCUCUACUGUCCCUUGUGCUCUCUACUGUCCCUCGUGCUCUCUACUGUCCCUCGUGCUCUCUACUGUCCCUCGUGCUCUCUCCUGUCCCUCGUGCUCUCUCCUGUCCCUCGUGCUCUCUACUGUCCCUCGUGCUCUCUCCUGUCCCUUGUGCUCUCUCCUGUCCCUCGUGCUCUCUACUGUCCCUUGUGCUCUCUACUGUCCCUUGUGCUCUCUCCUGUCCCUCGUGCUCUCUCCUGUCCCUCGUGCUCUCUCCUGUCCCUCGUGCUCUCUCCUGUCCCUCGUGCUCUCUCCUGUCCCUCGUGCUCUCUCCUGUCCCUCGUGCUCUCUCCUGUCCCUCGUGCUCUCUACUGUCCCUCGUGCUCUCUCCUGUCCCUCGUGCUCUCUACCGUCCCUCGUGCUCUCUCCUGUCCCUCGUGCUCUCUCCUGUCCCUCGUGCUCUCUCCUGUCCCUCGUGCUCUCUCCUGUCCCUCGUGCUCUCUACUGUCCCUCGUGCUCUCUACUGUCCCUCGUGCUCUCUACUGUCCCUCGUGCUCUCUACUGUCCCUCGUGCUCUCUCCUGUCCCUCGUGCUCUCUCCUGUCCCUCGUGCUCUCUCCUGUCCCUCGUGCUCUCUCCUGUCCCUCGUGCUCUCUACUGUCCCUCGUGCUCUCUACUGUCCCUCGUGCUCUCUUCUGUCCCUCGUGCUCUCUCCUGUCCCUCGUGCUCUCUACUGUCCCUCGUGCUCUCUACUGUCCCUCGUGCAAUCUACUGUCCCUCGUGCUCUCUACUGUCCCUCGUGCUCUCUACUGUCCCUCGUGCUCUCUACUGUCCCUUGUGCUCUCUACUGUCCCUCGUGCUCUCUCCUGUCCCUCGUGCUCUCUACUGUCCCUCGUGCUCUCUCCUGUCCCUCGUGCUCUCUCCUGUCCCUCGUGCUCUCUCCUGUCCCUCGUGCUCUCUCCUGUCCCUCGUGCUCUCUACUGUCCCUCGUGCUCUCUACUGUCCCUCGUGCUCUCUUCUGUCCCUCGUGCUCUCUCCUGUCCCUCGUGCUCUCUACUGUCCCUCGUGCUCUCUACUGUCCCUCGUGCAAUCUACUGUCCCUCGUGCUCUCUACUGUCCCUCGUGCUCUCUACUGUCCCUCGUGCUCUCUACUGUCCCUUGUGCUCUCUACUGUCCCUCGUGCUCUCUCCUGUCCCUCGUGCUCUCUACUGUCCCUCGUGCUCUCUUCUGUCCCUCGUGCUCUCUACUGUCCCUCGUGCUCUCUACUGUCCCUUGUGCUCUCUCCUGUCCCUCGUGCUCUCUCCUGUCCCUCGUGCUCUCUACUGUCCCUUGUGCUCUCUACUGUCCCUCGUGCUCUCUCCUGUCCCUCGUGCUCUCUACUGUCCCUCGUGCUCUCUUCUGUCCCUCGUGCUCUCUACUGUCCCUCGUGCUCUCUACUGUCCCUCGUGCUCUCUCCUGUCCCUCGUGCUCUCUACUGUCCCUCGUGCUCUCUCCUGUCCCUCGUGCUCUCUCCUGUCCCUCGUGCUCUCUACUGUCCCUUGUGCUCUCUACUGUCCCUCGUGCUCUCUCCUGUCCCUCGUGCUCUCUACUGUCCCUCGUGCUCUCUUCUGUCCCUCGUGCUCUCUACUGUCCCUCGUGCUCUCUACUGUCCCUUGUGCUCUCUACUGUCCCUCGUGCUCUCUCCUGUCCCUCGUGCUCUCUACUGUCCCUCGUGCUCUCUUCUGUCCCUCGUGCUCUCUACUGUCCCUCGUGCUCUCUACUGUCCCUCGUGCUCUCUCCUGUCCCUCGUGCUCUCUACUGUCCCUCGUGCUCUCUACUGUCCCUCGUGCUCUCUACUGUCCCUCGUGCUCUCUACUGUCCCUCGUGCUCUCUCCUGUCCCUCGUGCUCUCUCCUGUCCCUCGUGCUCUCUCCUGUCCCUCGUGCUCUCUACUGUCCCUCGUGCUCUCUACUGUCCCUCGUGCUCUCUACUGUCCCUCGUGCUCUCUCCUGUCCCUCAUGCUCUCUCCUGUCCCUCGUGCUCUCUCCUGUCCCUCGUGCUCUCUCCUGUCCCUCGUGCUCUCUCCUGUCCCUCGUGCUCUCUACUGUCCCUCGUGCUCUCUACUGUCCCUCGUGCUCUCUUCUGUCCCUCGUGCUCUCUCCUGUCCCUCGUGCUCUCUACUGUCCCUCGUGCUCUCUACUGUCCCUCGUGCAAUCUACUGUCCCUCGUGCUCUCUACUGUCCCUCGUGCUCUCUACUGUCCCUCGUGCUCUCUACUGUCCCUUGUGCUCUCUACUGUCCCUCGUGCUCUCUACUGUCCCUCGUGCUCUCUACUGUCCCUCGUGCUCUCUCCUGUCCCUCGUGCUCUCUCCUGUCCCUCGUGCUCUCUACUGUCCCUCGUGCUCUCUCCUGUCCCUUGUGCUCUCUCCUGUCCCUCGUGCUCUCUACUGUCCCUUGUGCUCUCUACUGUCCCUUGUGCUCUCUCCUGUCCCUCGUGCUCUCUCCUGUCCCUCGUGCUCUCUCCUGUCCCUCGUGCUCUCUCCUGUCCCUCGUGCUCUCUCCUGUCCCUCGUGCUCUCUCCUGUCCCUCGUGCUCUCUACUGUCCCUCGUGCUCUCUCCUGUCCCUCGUGCUCUCUACUGUCCCUCGUGCUCUCUCCUGUCCCUCGUGCUCUCUCCUGUCCCUCGUGCUCUCUCCUGUCCCUCGUGCUCUCUCCUGUCCCUCGUGCUCUCUACUGUCCCUCGUGCUCUCUACUGUCCCUCGUGCUCUCUACUGUCCCUCGUGCUCUCUACUGUCCCUCGUGCUCUCUCCUGUCCCUCGUGCUCUCUCCUGUCCCUCGUGCUCUCUCCUGUCCCUCGUGCUCUCUACUGUCCCUCGUGCUCUCUACUGUCCCUCGUGCUCUCUACUGUCCCUCGUGCUCUCUCCUGUCCCUCAUGCUCUCUCCUGUCCCUCGUGCUCUCUCCUGUCCCUCGUGCUCUCUCCUGUCCCUCGUGCUCUCUCCUGUCCCUCGUGCUCUCUACUGUCCCUCGUGCUCUCUACUGUCCCUCGUGCUCUCUUCUGUCCCUCGUGCUCUCUCCUGUCCCUCGUGCUCUCUACUGUCCCUCGUGCUCUCUACUGUCCCUCGUGCAAUCUACUGUCCCUCGUGCUCUCUACUGUCCCUCGUGCUCUCUACUGUCCCUCGUGCUCUCUACUGUCCCUUGUGCUCUCUACUGUCCCUCGUGCUCUCUCCUGUCCCUCGUGCUCUCUACUGUCCCUCGUGCUCUCUCCUGUCCCUCGUGCUCUCUCCUGUCCCUCGUGCUCUCUCCUGUCCCUCGUGCUCUCUCCUGUCCCUCGUGCUCUCUACUGUCCCUCGUGCUCUCUACUGUCCCUCGUGCUCUCUUCUGUCCCUCGUGCUCUCUCCUGUCCCUCGUGCUCUCUACUGUCCCUCGUGCUCUCUACUGUCCCUCGUGCAAUCUACUGUCCCUCGUGCUCUCUACUGUCCCUCGUGCUCUCUACUGUCCCUCGUGCUCUCUACUGUCCCUUGUGCUCUCUACUGUCCCUCGUGCUCUCUCCUGUCCCUCGUGCUCUCUACUGUCCCUCGUGCUCUCUUCUGUCCCUCGUGCUCUCUACUGUCCCUCGUGCUCUCUACUGUCCCUUGUGCUCUCUCCUGUCCCUCGUGCUCUCUCCUGUCCCUCGUGCUCUCUACUGUCCCUCGUGCUCUCUUCUGUCCCUCGUGCUCUCUACUGUCCCUCGUGCUCUCUACUGUCCCUUGUGCUCUCUCCUGUCCCUCGUGCUCUCUCCUGUCCCUCGUGCUCUCUACUGUCCCUCGUGCUCUCUACUGUCCCUCGUGCUCUCUACUGUCCCUUGUGCUCUCUACUGUCCCUCGUGCUCUCUCCUGUCCCUCGUGCUCUCUACUGUCCCUCGUGCUCUCUCCUGUCCCUCGUGCUCUCUCCUGUCCCUCGUGCUCUCUCCUGUCCCUCGUGCUCUCUCCUGUCCCUCGUGCUCUCUACUGUCCCUCGUGCUCUCUACUGUCCCUCGUGCUCUCUUCUGUCCCUCGUGCUCUCUCCUGUCCCUCGUGCUCUCUACUGUCCCUCGUGCUCUCUACUGUCCCUCGUGCAAUCUACUGUCCCUCGUGCUCUCUACUGUCCCUCGUGCUCUCUACUGUCCCUCGUGCUCUCUACUGUCCCUUGUGCUCUCUACUGUCCCUCGUGCUCUCUCCUGUCCCUCGUGCUCUCUACUGUCCCUCGUGCUCUCUUCUGUCCCUCGUGCUCUCUACUGUCCCUCGUGCUCUCUACUGUCCCUUGUGCUCUCUCCUGUCCCUCGUGCUCUCUACUGUCCCUCGUGCUCUCUACUGUCCCUUGUGCUCUCUACUGUCCCUCGUGCUCUCUCCUGUCCCUCGUGCUCUCUACUGUCCCUCGUGCUCUCUUCUGUCCCUCGUGCUCUCUACUGUCCCUCGUGCUCUCUACUGUCCCUUGUGCUCUCUACUGUCCCUCGUGCUCUCUACUGUCCCUCGUGCUCUCUACUGUCCCUUGUGCUCUCUCCUGUCCCUCGUGCUCUCUCCUGUCCCUCGUGCUCUCUCCUGUCCCUCGUGCUCUCUCCUGUCCCUCGUGCUCUCUCCUGUCCCUCGUGCUCUCUCCUGUCCCUCGUGCUCUCUACUGUCCCUCGUGCUCUCUCCUGUCCCUCGUGCUCUCUACUGUCCCUCGUGCUCUCUCCUGUCCCUCGUGCUCUCUCCUGUCCCUCGUGCUCUCUACUGUCCCUCAUGCUCUCUCCUGUCCCUCGUGCUCUCUACUGUCCCUCGUGCUCUCUACUGUCCCUCGUGCUCUCUACUGUCCCUCGUGCUCUCUACUGUCCCUCGUGCUCUCUCCUGUCCCUCGUGCUCUCUCCUGUCCCUCGUGCUCUCUCCUGUCCCUCGUGCUCUCUACUGUCCCUCGUGCUCUCUACUGUCCCUCGUGCUCUCUACUGUCCCUCGUGCUCUCUACUGUCCCUCAUGCUCUCUCCUGUCCCUCGUGCUCUCUCCUGUCCCUCGUGCUCUCUACUGUCCCUCGUGCUCUCUCCUGUCCCUCGUGCUCUCUACUGUCCCUCGUGCUCUCUACUGUCCCUUGUGCUCUCUACUGUCCCUCGUGCUCUCUCCUGUCCCUCGUGCUCUCUACUGUCCCUCGUGCUCUCUUCUGUCCCUCGUGCUCUCUACUGUCCCUCGUGCUCUCUACUGUCCCUUGUGCUCUCUCCUGUCCCUCGUGCUCUCUCCUGUCCCUCGUGCUCUCUACUGUCCCUCGUGCUCUCUUCUGUCCCUCGUGCUCUCUACUGUCCCUCGUGCUCUCUACUGUCCCUUGUGCUCUCUCCUGUCCCUCGUGCUCUCUCCUGUCCCUCGUGCUCUCUACUGUCCCUCGUGCUCUCUACUGUCCCUCGUGCUCUCUACUGUCCCUUGUGCUCUCUACUGUCCCUCGUGCUCUCUCCUGUCCCUCGUGCUCUCUACUGUCCCUCGUGCUCUCUCCUGUCCCUCGUGCUCUCUCCUGUCCCUCGUGCUCUCUCCUGUCCCUCGUGCUCUCUCCUGUCCCUCGUGCUCUCUACUGUCCCUCGUGCUCUCUACUGUCCCUCGUGCUCUCUUCUGUCCCUCGUGCUCUCUCCUGUCCCUCGUGCUCUCUACUGUCCCUCGUGCUCUCUACUGUCCCUCGUGCAAUCUACUGUCCCUCGUGCUCUCUACUGUCCCUCGUGCUCUCUACUGUCCCUCGUGCUCUCUACUGUCCCUUGUGCUCUCUACUGUCCCUCGUGCUCUCUCCUGUCCCUCGUGCUCUCUACUGUCCCUCGUGCUCUCUUCUGUCCCUCGUGCUCUCUACUGUCCCUCGUGCUCUCUACUGUCCCUUGUGCUCUCUCCUGUCCCUCGUGCUCUCUACUGUCCCUCGUGCUCUCUACUGUCCCUUGUGCUCUCUACUGUCCCUCGUGCUCUCUCCUGUCCCUCGUGCUCUCUACUGUCCCUCGUGCUCUCUUCUGUCCCUCGUGCUCUCUACUGUCCCUCGUGCUCUCUACUGUCCCUUGUGCUCUCUACUGUCCCUCGUGCUCUCUACUGUCCCUCGUGCUCUCUACUGUCCCUCGUGCUCUCUCCUGUCCCUCGUGCUCUCUCCUGUCCCUCGUGCUCUCUCCUGUCCCUCGUGCUCUCUCCUGUCCCUCGUGCUCUCUCCUGUCCCUCGUGCUCUCUCCUGUCCCUCGUGCUCUCUACUGUCCCUCGUGCUCUCUCCUGUCCCUCGUGCUCUCUACUGUCCCUCGUGCUCUCUCCUGUCCCUCGUGCUCUCUCCUGUCCCUCGUGCUCUCUACUGUCCCUCAUGCUCUCUCCUGUCCCUCGUGCUCUCUACUGUCCCUCGUGCUCUCUACUGUCCCUCGUGCUCUCUACUGUCCCUCGUGCUCUCUACUGUCCCUCGUGCUCUCUCCUGUCCCUCGUGCUCUCUCCUGUCCCUCGUGCUCUCUCCUGUCCCUCGUGCUCUCUACUGUCCCUCGUGCUCUCUACUGUCCCUCGUGCUCUCUACUGUCCCUCGUGCUCUCUACUGUCCCUCAUGCUCUCUCCUGUCCCUCGUGCUCUCUCCUGUCCCUCGUGCUCUCUACUGUCCCUCGUGCUCUCUCCUGUCCCUCGUGCUCUCUCCUGUCCCUCGUGCUCUCUACUGUCCCUCAUGCUCUCUACUGUCCCUCGUGCUCUCUACUGUCCCUCGUGCUCUCUUCUGUCCCUCGUGCUCUCUCCUGUCCCUCGUGCUCUCUAUUGUCCCUCGUGCUCUCUACUGUCCCUUGUGCUCUCUACUGUCCCUCGUGCUCUCUCCUGUCCCUCGUGCUCUCUAAUGUCCCUCGUGCUCUCUCCUGUCCCUCGUGCUCUCUCCUGUCCCUCGUGCUCUCUCCUGUCCCUCGUGCUCUCUAAUGUCCCUCGUGCUCUUACUGUCCCUCGUGCUCUCUACUGUCCCUCGUGCUCUCUCCUGUCCCUCGGGCUCUCUCCUGUCCCUCGUGAUCUCUACUGUCCCUCGUGCUCUCUCCUGUCCCUCGUGCUCUCUACUGUCCCUCGUGCUCUCUCCUGUCCCUCGUGCUCUCUACUGUCCCUCGUGCUCUCUACUGUCCCUCGUGCUCUCUACUGUCCCUCGUGCUCUCUCCUGUCCCUCGUGCUCUCUCCUGUCCCUCGUGCUCUCUCCUGUCCCUCGUGCUCUCUCCUGUCCCUCGUGCUCUCUCCUGUCCCUCGUGCUCUCUACUGUCCCUCGUGCUCUCUCCUGUCCCUCGUGCUCUCUACUGUCCCUCGUGCUCUCUCCUGUCCCUCGUGCUCUCUCCUGUCCCUCGUGCUCUCUCCUGUCCCUCGUGCUCUCUCCUGUCCCUCGUGCUCUCUCCUGUCCCUUGUGCUCUCUCCUGUCCCUCGUGCUCUCUACUGUCCCUUGUGCUCUCUACUGUCCCUUGUGCUCUCUCCUGUCCCUCGUGCUCUCUCCUGUCCCUCGUGCUCUCUCCUGUCCCUCGUGCUCUCUCCUGUCCCUCGUGCUCUCUCCUGUCCCUCGUGCUCUCUCCUGUCCCUCGUGCUCUCUACUGUCCCUCGUGCUCUCUCCUGUCCCUCGUGCUCUCUACUGUCCCUCGUGCUCUCUCCUGUCCCUCGUGCUCUCUCCUGUCCCUCGUGCUCUCUACUGUCCCUCAUCCUCUCUCCUGUCCCUCGUGCUCUCUACUGUCCCUCGUGCUCUCUACUGUCCCUCGUGCUCUCUACUGUCCCUCGUGCUCUCUACUGUCCCUCUUGCUCUCUCCUGUCCCUCGUGCUCUCUCCUGUCCCUCGUGCUCUCUCCUGUCCCUCGUGCUCUCUACUGUCCCUCGUGCUCUCUUCUGUCCCUCGUGCUCUCUCCUGUCCCUCGCGCUCUCUACUGACCCUCGUGCUCUCUACUGUCCCUCGUGCUCUCUACUGUCCCUCGUGCAAUCUACUGUCCCUCGUGCUCUCUACUGUCCCUCGUGCUCUCUACUGUCCCUCGUGCUCUCUACUGUCCCUCGUGCUCUCUACUGUCCCUCGUGCUCUCUACUGUCCCUCGUGCUCUCUCCUGUCCCUCGUGCUCUCUCCUGUCCCUCGUGCUCUCUCCUGUCCCUCGUGCUCUCUCCUGUCCCUUGUGCUCUCUCCUGUCCCUCGUGCUCUCUACUGUCCCUUGUGCUCUCUACUGUCCCUUGUGCUCUCUCCUGUCCCUCGUGCUCUCUCCUGUCCCUCGUGCUCUCUCCUGUCCCUCGUGCUCUUUCCUGUCCCUCGUGCUCUCUCCUGUCCCUCGUGCUCUCUCCUGUCCCUCGUGCUCUCUACUGUCCCUCGUGCUCUCUCCUGUCCCUCGUGCUCUCUACUGUCCCUCGUGCUCUCUCCUGUCCCUCGUGCUCUCUCCUGUCCCUCGUGCUCUCUACUGUCCCUCAUGCUCUCUCCUGUCCCUCGUGCUCUCUACUGUCCCUCGUGCUCUCUUCUGUCCCUCGUGCUCUCUCCUGUCCCUCGUGCUCUCUAUUGUCCCUCGUGCUCUCUACUGUCCCUUGUGCUCUCUACUGUCCCUCGUGCUCUCUCCUGUCCCUUGUGCUCUCUACUGUCCCUCCUGCUCUCUCCUGUCCCUCGUGCUCUCUACUGUCCCUCGUGCUCUCUACUGUCCCUCGUGCUAUCUCCUGUCCCUCGUGCUCUCUACUGUCCCUCGUGCUCUCUCCUGUCCCUCGUGCUCUCUACUGUCCCUCGUGCUCUCUACUGUCCCUCGUGCUCUCUCCUGUCCCUCGUGCUCUCUACUGUCCCUCGUGCUCUCUACUGUCCCUCGUGCUCUCUACUUUCCCUCGUGCCCUCUCCUGUCCCUCGUGCUCUCUACUGUCCCUCGUGCUCUCUCCUGUCCCUCGUGCUCUCUACUGUCCCUCGUGCUCUCUCCUGUCCCUCGUGCUCUCUACUGUCCCUCGUGCUCUCUACUGUCCCUCGCGCUCUCUACUGUCCCUCGUGCUCUCUCCUGUCCCUCGCGCUCUCUACUGACCCUCGUGCUCUCUACUGUCCCUCGUGCUCUCUACUGUCCCUCGUGCAAUCUACUGUCCCUCGUGCUCUCUACUGUCCCUCGUGCUCUCUACUGUCCCUCGUGCUCUCUACUGUCCCUCGUGCUCUCUACUGUCCCUCGUGCUCUCUACUGUCCCUCGUGCUCUCUCCUGUCCCUCGUGCUCUCUCCUGUCCCUCGUGCUCUCUACUGUCCCUCGUGCUCUCUACUGUCCCUCGUGCUCUCUCCUGUCCCUCGUGCUCUCUCCUGUCCCUCGUGCUCUCUACUGUCCCUCGUGCUAUCUCCUGUCCCUCGUGCUCUCUACUGUCCCUCGUGCUCUCUACUGUCCCUCGUGCUCUCUACUGUCCCUCGUGCUCUCUACUGUCCCUCGUGCUCUCUACUGUCCCUCGUGCUCUCUCCUGUCCCUCGUGCUCUCUCCUGUCCCUCGUGCUCUCUCCUGUCCCUCGUGCUCUCUCCUGUCCCUUGUGCUCUCUCCUGUCCCUCGUGCUCUCUACUGUGCCUCUUGCUCUCUCCUGUCCCUCGUGCUCUCUCCUGUCCCUCGUGCUCUCUCCUGUCCCUCGUGCUCUCUACUGUCCCUCGUGCUCUCUUCUGUCCCUCGUGCUCUCUCCUGUCCCUCGUGCUCUCUACUGUCCCUCGUGCUCUCUCCUGUCCCUCGUGCUCUCUACUGUCCCUCGUGCUCUCUACUGUCCCUCGCGCUCUCUACUGUCCCUCGUGCUCUCUCCUGUCCCUCGCGCUCUCUACUGA